AUGCUUAUUGGUAAUAAGAAGGAUCUUGAAACUAAACGUGCUGUUUCUUAUGAGGAAGGUGAAAAGUUUGCCAGGCAGAAUAAUUUAUUUUUUAUAGAAGCUUCUGCAAAAACUGCAGAAAAUGUUGAAAAGGCAUUUAAUAUUCCAGCUCAAGAUAUUUAUAGGAAAAUCAAAGAAUCAAUAUUUGAUGUUACAAAUGAGGCGCAUGGUAUUAAGGUUGGAGGUCAAUCUAGAAUUGGGUCCAAUACGGUACCAAUUGAUGCAAAGGGUGGCAAUAAUGAAUGUUGCAAAUAA